CCUUUUCUCUUCUGUUAUUCUCGCAUACUUCACCUCUUGCGCGCGACACCGAUGCGGCCUCGCGAUGUGAGGACGCGACGAUCCCUGUCAACGAUUACGUACCGCGCGAUCCGGCGUGACGAGCGGCAAGCUGCAAUUAAUUGCCAGCCGGGGUGAGUCGAUAGCUCGUGUUUGACAAGGAUAGAAGAGGGGAAUUGUAGGGCGGAAGAGGGAGAGAGAGAAGGAGUACGAAGAACUCACGUUUGGCACUCGGAGGGUACGAACUGUCUGACAGACAGUAGCACGCCGUCUCUUACUACUGCCGUAGUUGUGACUGUGGCAGCGACGGCGGUGGUGGCAGUUGAUGGUGGAAGUGGUUGUGGUUGUCCGGAGUUGCCGUUGCGUUUCUGCGUGCGACGGCGGCAAGAGGGAAGGAAAGUGGUCUUCGGGGUUACGAGGCCAGGGGAGAAAGUGGGUGUUGCCGGAACGGCAACGACGACGGAAAGAUCGUCCGGUUUCUGCCGAACGUCUCUGGAAAUUCGAUGUUCCUCUUCCGAAAAAAGGUGGAAAAGUUACCGCGGAAGGAUGCACAUCAGUCGUCGAUCUUGGAAUCAACGUCAGCUCGUCAAUGACUUCUUUUCCAUCGAUGAUCCCGUGCCUCAGAGCUCUCGGCGCUGAGGUCUCUUCUCAAAAUGGCAGGAGGCAGCCGAGAGAUUCGGCAAGACCCUGAAGAUUGCUCAUAAGUCAUCGGCCGGGUCUUCUUUGCAAACAAGAGGGUGUUCCAGAGUAGCGAGGGACGGGGGUGGUUUUUCUUCUAUCGAGAUGAGCGAUCUACAGGCCACCCUCGAGUUCUCCCUUGAGCUAUGCAAGUUUUACAAUGUCGACCUCUUUCAGCGCGGGUAUUACCAGAUCCGGACCGCCCUCAGAGUGUCCCCGAAGAUACCGGUCAAGGUGGAGGUCAAUCAAGCACGAAACCGCGCGCGCCGUUGUGUUGCAGACUCCCUGGAGGCACCGGGCACGAGUAAGUGCUUCCAGAUACUCUACAAGAACGAGGAGGUGACGCUCGGCACUUCCGUACUGUUCCGGGCGCACGUGCUCGUACACAGUCACAAGAUUGAGGAGGCCCUGUCGCGCACCCACUUCAAUCUAAGCGUCGAGCUAUGGUUCAGCGAGCUGGCGCAGCCGGGCAACAUGGCUUGCGUGUCCUCCAGGGCAUUACAGCUGAAUUUUACACCAACGAAGGGACUUCAUUACCAUCUGCCCGUGCUCUUCGAUUACUUUCACCUCGCGGCGGUGUCCAUCACAAUCCACGCCUAUCUCGUGGCUCUUCAUCAACCAUACAUCAAGAAAAGCAUACUACAGGUAGUGCAAAGCUGCGCACCGCGAGGUGGAAAACCUUGGCUUCAGUUUAAACAAGCGGCGGCGAACGGCGACAGCAGCGCGGCGAUUUUCGGAAAUAUCGAGACGACUACAAGGUGCGUCGGAUCGGCGACCAGGAUACAGAACGCGAGACUGAUUCAGCAAGAGGUCACGAGGUUGCUGUUAACCGCGAGGGAGUCGUUGCUCAAUGAUUUGACGGACUUGUCGCGGCUUCUUCCCGCGUGGCAGCAAAGAGCGCUCGAACUCAAUCAGAAAACGCACAAACAGAUCAACAAGUGGAUAGACGCCGAAGAGGCUGACAUAGCCCAACUUUGCGCUCAAAACAUCGUUCUGUGGCAGCUGUUCUUAGAAGCGUUCUCAGGCCGCGAAGCAGUUCACGAGCAUCUGGCGCGAGUUCAUCAUCAACUGAGAGUCAAACGUUUCGCGGAAGGUUUCUUUGUGUUAGAGAAUCCGCGAACGUCGGCAGCGGGUUGUUACGACGCGAAUUAUCAGUCUUAUCAAGCGGUGAGCGAGGCUGCCCGAAGAUCUCGUUACCUCGCAUCACUGCCACCGCUUCCGGUUCACUGUCCGGAAUUGGAUGGUGAUCUUCAUUCAUUGCCUUUAAUAUUCGAGGAUCAGUACGCUGACAUGCAGCCGCAGAAACACAGAAAUAGCGUUCCUAACAUGGACGACUGCAGUUGCGGGAUAUCAGCGAUACUGGAAUCGCGCACUAUGGGCAUUUGGUCGCCCAGGAGCGAGGGCGCGGCUCAGGACAUGGAUUCGAUUCAAGCCCGCCUUAUGCUGACGCCUUCUACACUGCCGGCUAGGCACAGCAAAUCGCUCGAUCAAUUGGGCCCCGAACUGGCGGCACCUGUGCAGCCGAAAACGUCGCCGAAGACUCUGCCCAGGUCCGUGUCGACCCAGCUGUUUACGCGGGGACAGCGUGGCAGCAGUCGCAAUGUCACGCCGCCCGCGACAGUGCCUUCAAGAGGAAAAGCCAGGUCGAGAGUGCCGUCCAGCUGCACCCUCUUCCCGCCCUCGGGUCAGCAACAGGCCUGUUCGGCGCCAAAUCCAUCCCUCGGCUCGACACCGGUGAUUCCCUUGCCACGAGCCAAAUCCACGCAGAUGCUGGUGCCGAAUCGGCAGCAACAGCACCAGUUCGACCACCAUUCCACUUCCAUUACGUCGCUGCUGGCGGCGAUGUUCCCCGAACCGCCCGGCGGACACCUACCCGGUUACCGACCGUCAGUGAAAUCCUGUGAUCACAACGUGACGAUGCACAACUGCACCUUGGGCGCUUUGGAUCUCAGUCGACUACCCGACUGUAUGAAACAGGAAGACAAAUCGGCAAAUGUAGUGGAAGAUUAUCAUUCCCUCGACACUAGGAGAAUACGGCUGGAGCCGCGAAGCCAUCGUGUGCCAACGGCGCGCCAACCGCUGCCAACUACGAACGACCAAAAUAGUAGCUUUUUAUCUGCCAAGGCGAACGAGAACGGCGAAAGUUUUUUACAAGAACCUCAACCGCUGCAUACCGUGACGCUGGACAGAGUCACUUAUCGGAGAAACUGCAAGAAGUCUGGACAUCUAACAGGUGGCAAAUACAGUCAAGCGAACGGCGUCGAGACACGUAGAUAUCACACGCUCGGCAAAACAACGAUGACACACAGAAGUCGUCCGGAGAUACCGGAGUUCAUGAAUGGCAGCGCGCUGACCAGCAGCCACUCGCUUCUGGUGGAUCCUCUGAACAAACGAUCGUCCAAUUACUACGCGACAACCGCCGACACAUUCUUUUAUCGCACAAACGGCAGCACCAGCGAGAGAAUUCGCGACGAGAUGGAUAACAAGCCGAAGAGGCCGAAGAGCACGGAACGUCUGAUCGACGACGUAGAACGCAACGAGUCCUAUGACUUCCGGCGAGACCGGCCGAUUCGCAAGAGAUCAGAGCGCGCGGUCAAGUCGCCUCGCAACGGUCCGGUUCAGAACUACAGCAACGAGAAACAACAACGGCGCGGUCAAACCGAAAAGAAGACCUCGGAAACGCCUCAGGAACCGUUUUACGAGGUGAUAGCCACGAAACCGGAAUCGAAGAGAGAGUCACGUGGCGAGAAAAAGAGAGACAAGCACAACAGAAGACCACAUUCCGCGCCAGUUCUCGACACGGAUCAUUCGGUGGAAGAGAGCGGUCACAAGCACGAGAGAAGAUGCAGUCACCGGAACAGAAAACCGGCGCCGCCGCCGCCAGCAUAUCAGGACCCCGCUGUCGCUCCUUUACCCAAGUAUCGGCAUUCUUCUUCGACGCCCGCGACGAGUGUUCUCGAAGUGGAAAACAACAAUAAAAUAAUUCUGAAGAUGGAACCCAUAAAGUCGCCCAUGGAGGCACCCAGGACCAACGGCACGACACCGUCGGACGUAUCGAGCGUCGCGGUGGCGCAGCAAAACGUAAAAAGACUGAGAUGCGCCAGUGUGCCGGUGGCGCAGAACAAGAUGGUGGUGCCUCGCAGCGCGGUUUCCCUACCCUGCAUGCCGAUACGCGACAGCAAGGACAGUCUGACCAAUAAUCUGCCGGUGAUACCGAAUCUCCUCAGUCCUCCGUCCACCAGGCCCAGCAGCCCCACGAGUUCGAGCUCGAGCAAUCUCAUGUCCGAGUGCUCGGGUUGGGUGAGCAGCGGCGACACUUCCAGCUCGGAACAGCGUCGUAAUCACGCGAAGCUUUCGAGCGAGCAGCUGCGGCAGAAACUGUCGAAAAUUGUGCCGCGCAAAGAACGUCCCACGAUAACGAAGGAGACCGUGGAGGAGCAUUCAUACGAGGAGGUGCGGCUGCCGCCACCGAAAAUGUUUCAGGACGAGCCGCCGCCACCCGAGGAGUUUCGUGACCCGCCGGCGCCGAUCGACAACCCGCUUUACCACGUGUACGAGACGGUGAAGCAGACCAAGAGCCCGAAACAGAACAAGACGGCACCUUGCAGUCCGCAACGAAAUCGCGACAGAGACAGAGAGACCACCUACGGUAUUCGGGACAUUUGUUUGGACUGUUAUCAGGAGGGCAAGGAGUUGUUACAGUCCACGCAGGACGACUUCGCUAAUUUUAAGAAAUGUAAGGACGAAUUCAAGCGACAGAUGAGCUUCUCAGGCAAGAUCUACAGAGAACACGAGGAAGCACAAUUGAGUUUACAUAAACGUGCUCGUUCUCUCGGAUACGGUGACCCACUGAACUACUCGCCGUUGAUUCAACCAUUAAGAUCCAACCAUGUGCCUCUUAGUGACUAUCCGAUCCUGGCCUCGACGCUGCCGUACUUUCACAUCAGCGACGAGUAUCGGAUGUACUCGCCGGAAGGGGCGCACCUUAUCAUAUGCGUUCACGGUCUCGAGGGCAAUCCCGCCGAUCUCCGUCUCGUCAAGACGUAUCUGGAAUUGGGUCUGCCCGGGGCAAAUCUGGAUUUUCUGAUGUCCGAGAAGAACCAGGGCGACACGUUCUCCGACUUCGACACCAUGACCGACCGUCUAGUCGCCGAAAUCAUCUAUCACAUCGAGUCGUCCGGUUUGAAUCCGACGAAAGUGAGUUUCAUCGGCCAUUCGCUUGGGAACAUCAUCAUCCGGAGUGCCUUGACGCGACCGCAAAUGCGCCCGCUUCUUCCCCGUUUGCAUACUUUUCUCAGUUUGAGCGGACCACACUUAGGCACUUUGUACAACACCAGCGGUUUGGUGAACGCGGGCAUGUGGUUUAUGCAAAAAUGGAAGAAGUCCGGCUCCCUGUUGCAACUGGCUAUGAAGGACGCGUCGGACGUGAGACGAUCUUUCAUGUUUCGUCUGAGCCAGAAAAGCAAUUUGCAGAAAUUCAAGCACGUGUUGCUGUGCGGCAGCGCGCAGGAUCGAUACGUACCCUUGCACUCCGCCCGAAUAGAGCUCUGCAAGGCCGCCGUGCGAGAUCCGACAGAACAAGGUGCCGCGUAUCGAGAAAUGGUACACAACAUUUUGUAUCCCGUGAUGUCAGCGCCCAACGUCAGCCUCGUCAGAUACGAUGUGCACCACGCUCUUCCACCGACGGCGAACGCCCUGAUAGGCCGAGCCGCGCAUAUCGCCGUCCUUGACUCCGAGCUUUUUAUCGAGAAGUUUCUGCUAGUUGCGGGACUGAAGUAUUUUAGAUAAAGAAAGGACUGUCUAGUGCCAUGAAAAAAAAAAAGUAACUAAUUGAACUUAUUAAAUAACUAAGUGAGAUCAAAGAGAAAGAGAGAGAUAAAGACACUCAGAAGUGCUCGGACUCUUCGAAACAUAUGCGUGUCGAAAGUGUCGCAGCGCCAAUUUUUUGCGAUGUCUUUAACGAUCGUAUACCUAGUUAUAAUUUCUUAACUGUCUUUAUUGAGGGUUGCCUCGCUUUUUUUUUCCGAGGAAACGAAAUCUCAUCUCAAAGUGAGGCAAUUCGAACUUUUUUACACGAAAACAAUUUUAGCGCAAAGCGUCGUUUAGGUGUAUCUUGUGUAUCAUCUCGAUGUCGAUCGUAGACGCGAAAAUGUCGCGGCGGCGAUUUGUCACGGCGAUCAUAAUAAUCACUUUCGCGAACGCAUCAUCAAGAAAUUUUCGUCUCGUGGCCAUUUAAAGUCGAACAGAUCUGUAGAACUCGCUGUGAAACGGACCUAUCUUCCAGUGAUAGUAAACACAGUAGCACUCUCUGGAAAUGAAAAAUAACGGAGGACACGCAAGAAGACAAUGGCGUACAAAAGUCAUACGCCUGGAAAAUUUUUAGUGUCAUGCAAAGUGAUCGAACUUAAUCCUCGAUAAUCGGAACGAAAACUGAUUCACGCGCUUUGGCGGCCUAGCGAAGAGAAAACAAGCGGUCGAGCACAUCAGCUUCAUCAACGUUGUUACGAUUGAAGGAGAAAAAGAAUAAAAAUUCAUCACGCGACGGAAAUUCGCAAGAAUGUAGGUUGAGUUUUUGUUUUUGUUUAUUUUUUUUAUUUUUUUUUGUUUUUUUUUUUAAGGCAAAGUUGAAACUCCACCGAGCGAGGGCUUUGUUGGACGUACAGACACGCACACAUAUUAAGCAAAAACAAAAAAAAACAAACUAAUAAUAAAAGUAUUAAAAUGUAAGACAAUGCAACGAUUACACAUUGUCUAGUCGCAUAGGAAAGUUACGAAACGUAUGUCAAUUGUUAUUCUCAGAUAAGUGUGAAUGCCGAGUGCGAGAUGAAUGCGGAGAGUGGAUGGGAGUUUUUGGAUGAGAGUGUUGAAAGUAAACGUGAUUACGCGAAAGAUAGAAAGUUGCUUAUAGAAAAAUGAUAACGAAACAAAGAAAUGCGUCAAAGAGAAAAAAAAAAAAAAUUAAGAAACGUACGAUCGCGAAAUCUUAAUUCAUAUUAUCACCGGCAACGAGAGAUCUCGGAAGAAAAAUGCGACAAAAAAUGCAUUUCCUCUUAGUGAAAUAAAAAAAAAAAAAAA